AUGAAUCCUCUAAAGUAUGUCAUGUCAAAACUCGUCCUAUCGGACAGACUCGCAAGGUGGUACCUGAAAUUGCAGCAAUUUGACAUAACAUAUAUUCCACAAAAGGCUGUGAAAGGACAAGUUCUAGCUGAUUUCUUGGCGGAUCACCCUAUUCCUGCAGAGUGGGAGUUAUCCGACGACCUACCCGAUGAAGGUGUUCUUGUGAUUGAAGUUAGUCCUCCUUGGAAGAUGUACUUUGAUGGAGCUUCUCACAGUGAAGGAGCGGGCGCCGGAGUAGUAUUCGUCACAUCCAACGGCGAAGUGUUGCCUCACUCGUUUACAUUAACACGAAAUUGCUCUAUCAAUGUUGCUGAAUAUCAAGCUCUUAUCAUUGGACUAGAAAUGGCAGUUGAUAUAAAACAACUAAAUUUGGAGGUAUAUGGAGACUCCAAGUUGGUGAUCAAUCAAAUACUCGGAUCAUACGAAGUAAAGAAGCUCGAUUUACUCCUUUAUGUGGAUUAUGCUAAAAGACUUAUCGGAUACCUUGGUGAUGUGACGAUAGAACAUGUGGCGAGAAAGGAUAACAAACAAGCGGAUGCAUUGGCAAAACUUGCUUCUACUUUAGCCAUGCCCGAAGACGGAGCUCGUAUAUCAAUUUUUAAGAGGUGGGUCGUACCACAAAUCUUUGAACAUGAAGAAAUUGAAGAAGACGAAACUCGAGUGGUUUACGUGUUUGAAAUCGAGAAAGAAGAUUGGCGUCAAUCAUUUGUGGAUUACUUGAAGUACGAGAAGUUGCCUAAUGAUCCACGUCAAAGAGUUGAUAUUCGACGCCGAACGGCUCGUUUCAUCUACUACAAAGAUACACUUUACAGACGUUCAUUUGAUGGAGUCUUCUUGAGAUGUUUAGGUGAUGACGAAGCAGUUCAAGCCAUAGAAGAAGCUCAUUCCGGAAUUUGCGGCGCCCAUCAGUCAGGACCCAAAUUACAUUUCCGAGUAAAAAAAAUGGGUUAUUAUUGGCCAUCUAUGAUAAAGGAUUGCAUGGAGUAUGCCCAAAAAUGUCAACCUUAUCGAUUUCAUGCAAACUUUAUUCAUCAACCGCCGGAGCCAUUACACCCUACUGUUGCCUCAUGGCCCUUUGAUGCUUGGGGUUUGGAUGUGGUUGGACCUAUGACAAAGUCUUCCGCUGUACAUCUCUAUAUCUUAGCAGCAACAGACUAUUUUUCCAAAUGGGCUGAAGCAGUGCCUCUUCGAGAAGUAAAGAAGGAGAACGUUGUCGAUUUCAUCCGCAUCACCAUCAUCUACCGUUACGGAGUUCCUCGAUAUGUGAUCACAGACAACGGAAAGCCAUUCUGCAACGGUGUGAUAGAUAAACUUUGUGAAAAGUUUGGCUUCAAGCAAAGAAAGUCUUCAAUGUACAACGCUGCCGCCAAUGGACUCGCCGAGGCCUUCAACAAGACUUUAUGUAAUUUGUUGAAGAAAGUGAUUGCCAAGUCAAAACGCGAUUGGCACGAAAGGAUGGGGGAAGCUUUAUGGGCCUAUAGAACAACUUAUAGAACAACUACUCACGCCACUUCUUAUGCGUUGGUGUACGGAGUAGAAGCGGUCUUGCCUCUUGAAAAAAAAAUUCCGUCAUUAAGGAUUCCUGUACAGGAAGAACUCACUCAAGAAGAAAUUGCCCGUUUGCAUCUUGCAGAAUUGGAAGCUCUUGACGAGAAAAUAUUAGAGGCACAACAAAGUAUUGAAUGCUACCAAGAUCGUCUUUCUAGGGCGUUUGACAAGAAGGUGCGGCCGAGAUCGUUUCAAGUUGGAGAUUUGGUACUUGGCGAUGGAGGCCCAUCAUCGUCACUCACAAAACAGAAAAUAAUAUGA